CUUGCAUACAUCGAAUGGUUUAGUCCCUUCUCAUCCGCUCCUGACAGACACAACGGACUAUAUAAACUCUCAAGAUUGAUGCACGGUGGUGAAAUGGUGGCUAGUAUCGUGCCGGCGGGAAAUAUCGUGCGCAGUGUCCACCUUAUACCUAGGUUUGGGGAGAUAGCUCCACAAGAGUGGAUGAGCGAGACAGUUCUCGAAGACUGUAGCACGUUCUGGUUGAAUUCGUACAUUGAUAAACAUACCUUUUCAAUAUUCAAAUGA